AUGCUCAAGCCACUGAGUCACGAGCUUCGUCGACGGGCUGUGGAAAUCUCCCUCGGGUUUCUUGCGCUUUAUGUAGCUGUGGACAUUGGAGUGCAACUAUACAAUCGAAUCUACGCAGCAAAGAAGAAGGUGAUUGCAGAAAUCUCCGUGCACGAAGAUGUCCUCGACGAAGCUCAAGCUGACUCAACAUCCGUCGAUCCUGCUUUCGACACUGGCUUCGAGGACGGUCCUUCGUCUCCAGAACCCAACUCUACAUUUGAAGAGAUCGAGAGCAUCCGGAAUCUUCAGACUGGCGUUCAGAUCACUGGAUUUUCAAUCCUCGGCGAAGAUCAAACCAUCGGAUCGAUGGAGUCUUUUAGCGAGGAAGAACCAACCGAUGUCUUGAUUCAUUUCGAACCCUCGCUUGUUGAAGCCUCUCUGCCCGUGGCUCAAGAAGAAGAACCCACCUCACCAAUAUUGGCAAUAACCGACGUCGAGGAAGAAUACAUCGAAGCUUCCCUCAGCGAAAUCUCUUCAAUCCCCGAAACCGAUAAUGAUAAUUCAUCAAUCACAAGCACGGAUGAACAUUUCUUGAGCUGCUCAGAGUACGAGUACUUUUCUGCCUGUUCAGACAUCGAAGUAGAGUAA